AUGGACCUACCCCUACCCAGAGAGGAUGGACCUACCCCUACCCAAGAGGAUGGACCUACCCCUACCAAGAGAGGAUGGACCUACCCCUACCCAGAGAGGAUUGACCUACCCUUACCCGGAGAGGAUGGACCUCCCUACCCCUACCCAGAGAGGAUGGACCUACCCCUACCCAGAGAAGGUGGACCUACCCCUACCAGGAGAGGAUGGACCUACCCAUUCCCAGAAAGGGUGGACCUACCCCUACCCCUACCCAGAGAGGAUGGACCUACCCCUUCCCAGAUAGGGUGGACCUACCCCUACCCAGAGAGGACGGACCUACCCCUAACCAGAGAGGAUGGACCAACCCCUAUCCAGAGAGGAUGGACCUACCCCUACCCAAAGAGGAUUGACCUACCCUUACCCAUAGAGGAUUGA